GUUGCCAGCGCAACAGUGUAACAAAAGUUCAAAGGGUUGCCGAGCAACACACACUGCUGAGUAAGGAAAUGUUGCCAACGUUUGCCAAGUUUGCCGAUUUGUGAAGAAAUAAUAUAUUACAUAUUAUUAUAUGCCGGGUCAACAAAUGUGAGAAGAAGUAAAACGCAGUUAAAAUGUCAACAGCCUCAAUUACAGCUGCUGUUGUGCAAUAUGGUCGGAGAAAAGGCUCGAGCAAACGAGAUGUGAAUUCGGAGAUGGAGAAAACCGAAGUAAGUCAUCCCCCAGACAUUCGUCAAGUGGCAGUUUUGUCCAAAUCGGAAUGGCAGCGGAUCCAGGACAGUGUGAAUGGAGUGAACAAAUACAACCGAAGUGUCAUUGAAGCAGCUGAACAGCGCGAGGCGCUGCACCUGCGCUCUAAAGAGCUGGUCAAACACUGGUCAAAUACCAUUGCUGGACAGCGGCAAAAGAAGCUAGAGGCGAAAAAAGUUCGAGAGGCAAUUGAAGAAGUGGAGAGGAAGCAAAUUGACAUAGAAGAAGUGAAAUACCAGGCCCAGAUGCGGAAGGAGGCCAUUGAGAAAGCAAAAACCCUGCAGUACUACCAGACUGACAGAGUGAAAGGAUUCCAUAGUGCCCUGAUGUUGGCAGAGGUUCUGAAGGAAAGGGAAGCUCAGAUUGAACUGAAACACUGGAAGCAGAAUACCAGCAAAGACGUGGACAGAGAGGUCUUGGCAGCAAUGGCUCGCAGAGAUGAGCAGGCCCUCCAGCAAGAGCAGCAGAAAGCCCUGCAGAGGAAACAAGAACAACUGGCGAUUGCUGAGAGCUUGAAAAAUCAGGUGAAGGAUCAGGAAUUGAAGAAAGAACAGGAGAAACAGGAUAUCAAACGGGAGGCGGAAGAAGUGGAGCGACUCAGAGAGCUUCAUCUUUGGGAGCAAUACAUGAAAGAGCAGAAGCACCAGGAAGAGAAGAGAAACAUAAUGAAAGCUCAUCAUGAGCAUUUGACCAUCAGAGAACUCCUAAGAGCAUCAGAGGCCCAGAGACAGACAGAAGAGGAGGAGAAACGCAUUCAGAUGGCCAGCCAUAAAGACAAAGUUAUGAAAAUGAGGAAAGAAAAGCAGGAGGAAGUGUUUAGAGACCUCCAGAGACACAGGCAGGCUAUUUUUGAGAAAUUAGCAGCACAGAAGCAGGAACAGAUCAGCAAUGAAGAAGAGAUUAUCGCCAAAGCAGUCUCCGAGCGUGAGGCAAGACUAGCUCGAGAACAACGUGAAAAGGAGGAGAAACAUGCAGCCAUGUUGAACUCGAUCGCCACACACAGGGAGGCCAUGAGGAAAGAACAGGAACUAAAGGCGGAGGAGGAAAAACAGAAAGCUCUAGAGAUGCUCAAUGCUAAGAAGGAAGCAGACAGAAUCUUCAUGGAGAAGAAAGAGCUUCAAGCUCAAAGAGCCAGAGAAGAAGGAAAAACAUUACAGGACAUCUACAUACAUGAUAUGGCUGGAAAACGUGCAAGGGAUAACCACUCGAAAAAAGAACAGCAGGACUUUUUGGCGAGAAACGCCGCUAUCAUCCUCGAGGAGGAAAACCAGUUCCAGAAUUAUGCCAAACAGGUCAUCGAAACAGCCGAGAAGGCAGGGAGACAAACCUACCCGCUCCUCAAGGCUGCCAGAGAGGGAAUUGGUGGGGGCUUGGGGCCAACAUUCGGUGGACUCAGACCGAGUUAUCUAGUCCAUGAUGAGUCUGGUGUUCAGAUGCCCACUUAUGUAAACAGCACCACUCAAAAUAUAAAAGAACUAAAUCAGACCAUUGACAUCAUACGGUCCAAGAAAAGACUAGGAUUUACCUGGUAAAACUUUAAAACAUCUAGUUGUUAAUACUCACACUUGUGGUAUCAAUAAAGAU